GUAUCACUCAGAAUCUGGCAGCCAGUUCCGUCCUGACAGAGUUUACAGCAUAUAUUGGUGGAUUCUUGUCCACAGUGCAUCUGCUUUAAGAAUUAACGAAAGCAGUGUCAAGACAGUAAGGAUUCAAACCAUUUGCCAAAAAUGAGUCUAAGUGCAUUUACUCUCUUCCUGGCAUUGAUUGGUGGUACCAGUGGCCAGUACUAUGAUUAUGAUUUCCCCCUGUCAAUUUACGGGCAAUCAUCACCAAACUGUGCACCAGAAUGUAACUGCCCUGAAAGCUACCCAAGUGCCAUGUACUGUGAUGAGCUGAAAUUGAAAAGUGUACCAAUGGUGCCUCCAGGAAUCAAGUAUCUUUACCUUAGGAAUAACCAGAUUGACCACAUUGAUGAAAAGGCCUUUGAGAAUGUAACUGAUCUGCAGUGGCUCAUUCUAGAUCACAACCUUCUAGAAAACUCCAAGAUAAAAGGGAGAGUUUUCUCUAAAUUGAAACAACUGAAGAAGCUGCAUAUAAACCACAACAACCUGACAGAGUCUGUGGGCCCACUUCCCAAAUCUCUGGAGGAUCUGCAGCUUACUCAUAACAAGAUCACAAAGCUGGGCUCUUUUGAAGGAUUGGUAAACCUGACCUUCAUCCAUCUCCAACACAAUCGGCUGAAAGAAGAUGCUGUUUCAGCUGCUUUUAAAGGUCUUAAAUCACUCGAAUACCUUGACUUGAGCUUCAAUCAGAUAGCCAGACUGCCUUCUGGUCUCCCUGUCUCUCUUCUAACUCUCUACUUAGACAACAAUAAGAUUAGCAACAUCCCUGACGAGUAUUUCAAGCGUUUUAAUGCAUUGCAGUAUCUGCGCUUAUCUCACAAUGAACUGGCUGAUAGUGGAAUACCUGGAAAUUCUUUCAAUGUGUCAUCCCUGGUUGAGCUGGAUCUGUCCUAUAACAAGCUUAAAAACAUACCAACUGUCAAUGAAAACCUUGAAAACUAUUACCUGGAGGUCAAUCAACUUGAGAAGUUUGACGUAAAGAGCUUCUGCAAGAUCCUGGGGCCAUUAUCCUACUCCAAGAUCAAGCAUUUGCGUUUGGAUGGCAAUCGCAUCUCAGAAACCAGUCUUCCACCGGAUAUGUAUGAAUGUCUACGUGUUGCAAACGAAAUCACUCUUAAUUAAUAUCUGUAUCCUGGAACAAUAUUUUAUGAUUAUGUUUUUCUGUGUGUCAGUUUUCAUAGUAUCCCUAUUUUAUUACUGUUUAUUACUUCCAUGAAUUUUAAAAUCUGAGGGAAAUGUUUUGUAAACAUUUUUUUUUUUAAAGAAAAGAUGAAAGGCAGGCCUAUUUCAUCACAAGAACACACACAUAUACAUGAAUAGACAUCAAACUCAAUGCUUUAUUUGUAAAUUUAGUGUUUAUUUCUACUGUCAAAUGAUGUGCAAAGCCUUUUACUGGUUGCAUGGAAAUCAGCCAAGUUUUAUAAUCCUUAAAUCUUAAUGUGCCCCAAAGCCUGGAUUAAAUACAUAUGGAUGUUUACUAUCUUGCACCAAAUUAUCUUGAUACAUUCAAAUUUGUCUUGUUAAAAAAUAGGUGGUAGAUUUUGAGGCCAAGAAUAUUGCAAAAUACAUGAAGCCUCAUGCACUUAAAGAAAUAUUUUUAGUAUAAGAAUUUGCAUACUUACCUAGUGAAACUUUUCUAGAAUUAUUUUUCACUCUAAGUCAUGUAUGUUUCUCUUUGAUUAUUUGCAUGUUAUGUUUAAUAAGCUACUAGCAAAAUAAAACAUAGCAAAUGGCAUCACUGUGUUUGACUUCUUGUGAAAUUUCUAUAUUUUGUAUGUAAAAUACCUAAAACAGUAGAUUAGAAAUCAAAAGAUAUCUCUGGCCUGCAAUAUUUUACUGAUGUGAACAUAGGAUUUCCCACUAAAUAAUUUGUCUACUUCUAGCAUUCACUUACAAAGAAUUCUUAAAAACACCUAUAAUAGGUACUUAGAUUUCACAACUUACUUAGAUAUUUGUCGUUAUUUGCAUUCCUGGUGUUUUUACUGAUUCAUAUGCAAUGGUAGUCUAUUAGAUAAGAAGCUGCUGUGUGAUCUCAGCACUCACUCCUUGGUUGUCAAGAAAUGGUGGAUAACUCACAGGAUUAAAAAUGUUGAAUGAAUAUAAAAUUUUCUGAAAUAGAUAUUUAAAAAAUCAUUUUAGCUUGAAGCCAAUAUGUCUGGAUCAUAGGUUUUGAGUUUAUAAUCCAGUAAUAACAGCUUUCAGCUUUCUAUGAGUAUAUACAGUUCUAUACAAUGAUAAAUACUAUGCAUAUAAUUUAUAAAAAUAACUUCUGUUUUACCUAGUUAACAAUAAAGCCUAUGUUUGCAGCCAAAUGUUAUGCAGAAAAAGGUCUACUCAUCCCAUACCAGUGUAUAUAUAGGCAAAUAUGUGUCUAAUACAAAUAAAAUGUGUCUCUAAGGCAUAAAAUGUUUUAACACACCA